UAGGUAUUUUCGUACCAGGAUCAUAACUCUUGGCUUUGGUUACACGGGGCAUGGGGGUGGUUAGGUGGGGAGGAGAGGGGGGUUUUUCUUCUCUUUCUUUUUCUUUAUUAUUUGGAGAAGAGGUCACGCUGGAUGGGACGUGCCCCGUGCGGCGUGUGUCACUCAAGUCAGCGUAGGAUACAUGGUAGAAUAAUGAAAGAGGAGUUAACUACGCUUAGUUACCUACAUAAGCUGGACGUUUUCCUGGCAAGAAGUAGUUGUCUGCCUCGUAGUAGGAGCUCCCGUAGAGCCUAGUGUUCCUCAAUAGAUCGAAAAAUGGCCGGAGGCGUCAAGAAACCCGUCAAUAUCUUCAAAUUGAAGGACUUGGGAGAGCCCAAGAACGUCUUCAAUUGGCGAUUAUGGUUCGCCGUCAUCUCCUUUGGUCUCCUCGGCGCAGCUAGGGGAGUUGACGAGGGCCUCAUCUCGGGCGCGUUCAAUUCUAAAGAUUUUCAGAGGACGAUCAAUCUUUCUUCGUAUGGCGAUGUCGAGAAGACCAAUAUCAAGGCCAAUGUAUCUGCUAUGGUCCAGAUCGGCUCUGUUGGCGGUGCUUUGUUCGCCUUCGUCAUUUGCGAUCGCAUCGGUAGAAUAUGGGCUACGCGCCAGCUCUGCAUCUUGUGGAUUUUGGGCAUCGCUAUCUUUAUGGGAAACGGAGGCAGUCUUGGAGCUGUUUACGCCGGAAGGUUUAUUGCAGGUCUCGGAGUUGGCCAGACCCCUGUUGUUGGUCCUAUCUACAUUGCCGAGAUUGCGCCAGCCUCCAUCCGUGGCCUUUGUACUUGUAUCUUCACCGGUUUUGUGUACGUAGGCAUCGUCCUCGCUUACUUCACCAACUACGGCGCUCAGAUUAACCUGGGCGAUUCUACUCACGUUCGAUGGCUCGCGCCAACAAGCCUGCAUAUCAUUUUUGCUGGGCUCAUUUUCAUCCUGACAUUUUUCCAGUAUGAGUCGCCGCGCUUCCUCAUCAAGCAGGGAAAACAUGACGAAGCUACUGAGACCAUGGCUCACAUCCGCCACUUAGCGGUGGAUGAUCCCUAUGUUCUCUCAGAGAUACACGCCAUUAGGACCGCACACGAGGAAGAACUUGAAGCUAUCAUGGGAGCUAGCUGGUACGGUGUGUUGAAGGAGAUGUUUCUAAUCCCUAGCAACCUCUACCGCCUGUAUCUUAGUGCUAUGGUUCAGUUUCUGUCUCAGUGGUCCGGAGCUGGGUCUAUCACCUUAUACGCACCCGACCUUUUCAAAAUUCUGGGCAUUACUGGUCAGAAUGAGUCCUUGCUAGUCACUGGUGUAUUCGGUAUCGUCAAGUUCGUGUCGGCCGUCAUAUGUGCCCUGUUUCUUGUCGACGUCAUCGGACGCAAGCGUGCCCUACUCAUCGGCAUCACAUUGCAGGCAAUUUCUAUGAUUUACGUAGCCGGAUUUCUAACGGCGGUCCCGGAACUGGGAGCAGACGAGAGUUAUGUGUUGCCAGAAGCCGAAGCAAGCGCCAGUCGUGGCGCUAUCGCUAUGAUCUAUAUAUCAGGAUGCGGCUGGGCACUCGGUUGGAACUCGAUGCAAUAUCUUCUAACAGCCGAGCUUUUCCCUUUGCGCAUCCGUGCCCUUUCUACUUCUAUUGUAAUGACGCUGCAUUUCGCAAACCAAUACGGCAACUCGCGCGCUGUGCCCAAUAUGCUACUACCCACAGCCCAAGGAGGUAUCUCACCCAUGGGUACAUUCUGGUCCUUCGCGGCGAUUACUAUUGUUGGUGGUCUAUGGGUUUGGUUCUUCGUCCCCGAGACUGGUGGCCGUUCACUUGAAAGCAUGGAUCGUCUGUUUGAACUGCCGUGGUACAAGAUCGGGCGUCGCGGCAAUGCGGAUGCUGAGCUCAAGGACGUGGCCUUUAAUGAGAAGGCGGGGAUGGGAGCCGAGGCAGACCAAAUCGAAGUAGUCGAUGACAAGAAACCAGGCGGAGAUAUACGUGUUUAAAAUGGCCAAGUGUUCUACCUCACAAUUAAAGAAUUGGGGCGUGCCUAGACAUUAAUAAUACGAGAAGAACAAACGCAGCUGCUUUUUUUUCUAUUAUACGAGUAUUUUAGAGACAAUUCAUGCG